UUCGGAACACGCUUCCCGUGGCUCGCGGCGGAGCGCGCGUCAGAGCAUGCGCAUAACCGUCGCGACACCAAAAUAAGAUGGCCGGCCAGCGAAACAAAUAAAGCGCCGUUGUAAAUAACAAACCGUCCGAGCACGUUCCGCGUAGAAAUCCUUGUGGUGAUUACGUGGUGCCGGGCGUGUAGCGAUCGCCUCGGUGCCGUUGGUUCUUGUGAUCUGUCACGCGGACCCAGUGAUCGAGCGGUAGUGCCCGUGUAUCGCCGCGGUGUUUCACGGGCCACGAUUCGCACCAGUGUUGAAUGCGUGACGCGCGUGCAGGAGUUUCAAGGUACGCGGCUACGAGGCCAGCCGAGCCGAGGACCACCGUCGCCAGGAUGCAACUGCGAAAGCGAGACACUCUCGUGCCACGUCCUCGCCCACGGCUCGCCUAGCUCCUCAUGCUAGUCUCGUCUUCCGAAUUGCUUGGAGCACAGCAUGAAGGAGAUGCUUGGAGGGUGCUGCGUGUGUUCUGACGAGAGGGGUUGGACUGAGAAUCCGCUGGUUUACUGUGAUGGCCAGGGCUGCACUGUUGCCGUACACCAAGCCUGUUAUGGUAUCGUUACGGUACCGACAGGGCCAUGGUACUGCAGAAAGUGUGAAUCACAGGAAAGAAGUGCACGUGUGCGUUGCGAGUUAUGUCCAAGCCGUGAUGGAGCUCUUAAGAGAACAGAUCAGGCUGGAUGGGCGCAUGUGGUUUGUGCGCUGUACAUACCGGAAGUACGUUUCGGUAACGUGACGACUAUGGAGCCUAUUAUUUUGCAAUUAAUACCAUCCGAAAGGUUCAGUAAGUCAUGCUAUAUCUGCGAGGAACAAGGCAGAGGUAGUAGAGCAAAUGUGGGAGCCUGUAUGCAAUGCAACAAAACUGGCUGCAGGCAGCAAUUUCAUGUCACAUGUGCUCAGGCUCUUGGCUUGCUCUGCGAAGAAGCUGGCAACUAUCUUGAUAACGUUAAGUACUGUGGAUAUUGUCAGCAUCACUACUCUAAACUGAAAAAGGGUGGUAACGUUAAGACGAUACCACCUUACAAGCCAAUACCAGCAGAUAAUGGCUCGUCAGACUCAUCUCCUGAAAAGGAAGCAGAGACCCCGAUAAAGUCUUCGUCAAGUGGUAAACGAAAGAGUUCAAGUUCCAAAUCCGCUACCAAUUCUAAAAACAAAUCCAAUACUAGUCCAAGCCUAGAAAUAAAUGGCGUUGCUGACGACAAAAGCAGCAGCGGUCGUAAUACACCCAAAGAGAACACCACAAAUUCCAGUAAAUUCACAACUUCCAACUUCGUAGAGACAAUCGUCACCCAAUCGGAGAGCGUGUUCGGGCACGACGGCACUGCCUCCACUACCGCCGCCGCGACGAUCAAGUCGGGAUCGAACGCGAGCUCGGGCCACAAAAACAGUGGGCAGACGAAAUCGAAUUCGUCGACGUCCAACAAGACGUCCAGCCACAGUAAAAAGAGAAAGACCGGAGCCCGUACGCCGACCGUGAUAGGGAACGAGAACUCGAACCAAUCGGUCAGCUCUGAAGCCAGCGGUUCCGUUGUGGUCGCUGUUAGUUCGGUCGUGCAGCAAGCUGUGUCCAGCAAUAAUGUACAGACUACCAUAACGGAAGCUACAAGCUUGAGCACGACUACAGAACCGGAGAAAUCAAAAAAGUUGAAAGUUGAGAGUCCCAUUCAAUCGUCAUCGAACACUCCAGUCAGUACGGAAGCGACUACCACACCUGUGAUAAUGGCAGUAACGCAGUCCCAAUCCUCAAUUGUAACCCAGUCACCAACGACUACUUCUAACAGUAUAGUCGUGUCCGUACCACUGACUGCGACUUCGCUGCCUAGUACCGUGCAGAGCGUAGUGACCAGUGCUCCAACGUUGUACCAGCAAUUGCAGCAGAGUAUUAUCACCACAGCUGCCGCCACUGAGCCGAGAACAAGUGCUGUACCCAAUUCUGAGAGAUUUAAUACAGAGGAAGCUCCUGUUAAGAGAUCUCGCUCUCAGUCAUCGGACAAGCAGGAAAAGUCGCGUAAACCAAAGCGAGGCUCUUCAAAUAGUCAACCAGCGUUGCAACAGCCACAGCAACAGUCUCAGGCGCAACUACAGCAGCCUCAGUCAGUAGCUUCCUCAGUGGUGACCUCUGUGUCCAGCAGUGCUGUUGUGACGACAUCGAAAAGAGGAGGUAGAAAUAAUCAUCAAACUCCUCCACCAGCCGUUACUGUGGCACCAGUACCAUCCAUCAUUCAGGGGCCUACAUUAUCCAGUGGCCACUUUAGCAGUAUUACUGCUGGGUCGGCGAAUACAAUGGGUCCUACUGUUAAAGAAUCUCCUCCGAGCAGUCCUGGUUCUGAAAGUAUGAGCAGUAGUGGACCAGGAAGGCGGAAAAGGAAGAGUGCCAGCGCAGCCUCUACAACACCUAUACCGUCUGCCUCCAGCACUCCAACACUUACAAAUCCUAAAGAAGAAAAGGAUAUUAAGCUGUUUCAGAAUGGCGUGAGUGCACCACAUAUGUUGGGCAAUCAGUUGAAUCCAACUUCUACGAUGGCACAAAAAAUGUCUGACACUCUUUCGCAAGAACUCGAGGCACAUUCUAUUUUUACUGAAGCUAGUAAUUCCACGACGAACCUAGUUGGUCCACAGCUGCAUAGUCGAGUAAUUGCAUCUCAGAUACGAUCGAAUCAGGCAGGUGCACCGCCUACAUCAUUUUCCUCGGUCUUCAAUACCGCGACCAAUACGAAUACCAACUCCAGCAUGGGUAACACCAGUGGUAGUGCUGCGCUAGGAGGUGGAGCAAUACCUCAAACUCUGGACCAACUUCUAGAGAGACAGUGGGAGCAAGGAAGUCAAUUUCUGAUGGAGCAGGCCCAGCACUUUGACAGUGAGUUCGCUUCCCUACUUUCAUGUCUUCACCAGUUAAGAGCAGAGAACCUUAGGCUAGAGGAGCAUGUAAAUAGUCUUUUACAAAGGAGAGAUCACUUAUUGGCUGUGAACGCAAGACUUGCUAUUCCACUGACCAGUCAACCUAGCACACAUCCAGCGAACAACAUACACCCCACGGUAAAUCCAUCUCACCCCAAUAUCCCGCACCCUGAUGUCCCGCCAGGUGCUGCUGCUCCAGUUCCGCGAGUGAACCGGGAACCCCGAGUGAACAACACGUAUAUGCCUCAUUCCAGUUCCAGUAAUCAUUCGACGACGUUGGAGAACGGCUUACCUCCCGAUCCCUCGCCACCUGCUGCAGCUUCAAUAUCACAGUACCAGCAUAGGACAUCUUUAGUUGCUCCUCAACCCAGUCCAACGAUCAGGCAUAGUCCAGCCGGAAGUGCGUAUCAUCAGGGUCAACCAAGUAAUAUAGUGUCUCCUGCACCUGCUAGCAACGCUGGGGUAGUCAGGAACUCGUCGGUCACACCUGAUCCGCUGCGUGGAGUACCAAGGUCAGUGCCACAGUCAUCGAGCAAUUACAUGUCAUCAAUGUACCAACCCAUCACUAUGUCGAAUCUUUCAAGUAAUCAAGUAGGUAAUGUUCAUAACCUUCAUUCACAUGGACCUUCUCCACCCAGCCUUGGACCACCGGGGAAGCCCAGCUGAAGAUAGAUGGACACAUCGGGGAAAGAGAAGCGUGCUGUAUCCGUUGCAAGACGUGGUAGUGAUGAAGCUUGAUCAUCGACCGAGAGACGUGUUUGUUCAUCGCCGCGAACGAUGGAACCGCCUGGUCCUCGAGGUUGACCCGUGCCUCGUCGAAUUGACAUCAAUUGAUACUGACUUCUGUCUCGAUUGACCAUUGAUUAGGUAGCCGCAACGUCACCUAAAGCAGAACGUUCAGGGCUAAAGUGAUGUACCACCGUUGGAAGGAACCAUCCGUUGCAUUGACUGUUAACCCUUUGCACUCAAAGGUUUUUUUCUUGUAAAUAUUCAACAUUUUCUAAUGAUAUGUCGAUGACAUCUUCUGCGAUUUGCAUAAAGAGAAAUCGUACAGUAUUUAACGCCUUGACUUAUAAUUCAUUUUUCAACUAUGAUGAUUACGACUAAAUACUUUAUCAGUAUCAACUUAUGGAAAAAAUAGAAAAUUUCUAUGAAUUUUCCAUAUCUAUGUUUCUCGCAAAUUAUAAUUACUGUUAAUAAAAUAAUAGUAUUUAAUUUAAAUUCAAAUGGAUUGAGUAAUGUUUGUGUGUUAAAUUUUCAUUUAAAUCUUUAUGAAUUUGACACGUUGUCGUUAUACAAGGAGUUAUGGAACUGCACUGUUUCUUUUCAGUAUUUCAUGUAUUGUAUACACAUUCUACAAAAUUCAAGAUUGAAUAUGAAGCUUUACGAUUGUGUUACACUUGACUGUCUGAGAGUCACCUCUCGAGUGCAAAGGGUUAAUUGACUUUUGUAGCGUGUCGUUUUGUAAAACACAUUUGUAGGCACGUUUUCUAUGACAUAAAUCGACAGGCACGGUGCAUAGAGGUACAGCUGGGAGAUGACUCGAUGUCCUAGGUCUUGAUACAGUACGAGAGGUGUGCUUCUAGCUUACAGUUUUACAGUUUCGAUUAAUUACUUGUAGCCGUAUUAAUAAAGUGUAAGUUAACGAUGGAAGACAUCAGAAAUUAAAAAAUAAAACCAACAGAAAAUUGGGUGACAAAAAAUGAACAGUGAUCAGUGAGCUUAGGCAUCAAGUAAUCCUCUAGGGGUUUAGUUGGACGAUGACUUGAUGUCUUGCAGAAAGCUGUAGGAUCAAGAGGUCUUCCUAAUUUUACAGUUUUGAUUAAGUAUAACCGUACUGUCAAAUAGUGAAAUUAAAGAAUAAAACCAUCAGAUAAUUAGGCGACAGAAAAUAAACCUUGUAGCCUAGCCAUCAAGUGAUCUCCUAGCCAGUAGCCACCGGAAGAUUCCAAUCGCUUCGCGUGUCACGUCGUUGACUUCUCGUUCCUCUUUGGUUGCGCGUCGUCAGGCACGUCUGAGACAAUCUCUUCCUCAUCGUCGAGAAUGAGCAGAGUAACGGCAAACGCAGAUGUACAAAUCUUAGGGUGUAAGUUAAUCUAUCGCGACGAGAAUAGCAAUAAUAUUUACAUGUAGGUGUACAUUUUAAUUGGAAGUAAUCACUUGUAAGUCCGAUGGCACGGUGUCAAGCCAUCGUUUUAUAUAGAAUCGUUUAUUGCAGUCGACUCACCAACUUCAUCCGACUUGUAUUCUGAACGAGUGAGUUUCAGGACUUAGAGUACACGGUACACAUUGAACUUGGGAAGUCUUUAAAUCCUCUAAAUCACUUCAUCCAAAUUCUAUUGUUUACUUUAUUUAUUCUUCAUCAUUGGUUAGACCCUACACAUCACUGUAUGUAUUAGCUAAUUUUGAAAAAUUGUUUAAUGAGUACCAAGUACCACGUCCCAGUUCACAAACACUCCGUAAUAGCGAAUGCUAGACUGUUCAAUCUCAGUAGAUUCCUUUGGUAACAGUCUUCAACCAUAAACAUAAUGCAAACUCGACCUGUCCCGCACUCGUCAACUGUAUAUUCUAAUCUUAUACAUAGAACAUACUAAAUGUACAACACGAGCACUGCCUUCCACCAAUAAAGUUUCGAUGCGGGACAGGUUGACAGGGGUGUGGGGGUGGAUCCUCCCCGAUAGCGAACACGUGAUUUGUUUCUAUUUCAACUUCCACACGGCCCGUUUAGCGAUGCUGGUUAAACGGAGCUGAUCUGUCGCGAGCAAUUCAUUACUGGUUUCGUGAUGUGUAAUAUAGGUUCGUUGAAUGUUUUCGUUUUUCGGUUUUGUUGUACCGCGCCCCUCUCGAUGGCUACCGCACACUUCACUCGACGACUGCGACCUUUGAUCGCUGCGACGAUCAUCGAACUGCGGAUCUUUGUGCACUGUAGUUAACACGUUGACAAUGCUGAGAGUUUCGUGUCAGCCAUUUAACACUAAAACUACCAGAUGGAUCGAAAGUACUCAUUCCUGAUUUCUUCUUUUUGCAAUUAUUAACACUUUGCGGUCCGAAAAGAUCUUAGCUUCUCACUCGGUAACUCAUAUAAAUGUAUUUUAAAUCAAGUGUAAUUUUAUGUACCAUUUUAAUAAUUUAUUUGAGGACAUCUGAGAACCACUAAAAUAUUACUUACAUAUGAUACAAUUAUGAUACUGUGCAUAAUUGUAGCAAAUAUUCAUCCACCACUUAACUAAUCCAGUGAAUUGAACGCCGAAUCUAUCUUGACGUAGGAUUGCAAAGCGUUAAAGAGAUGUUUCUCUGACUAUUUGUUAAAGAAAUUGAGUUAGCAAGAUGCAAACUGAAUUGAAAAUGUGUUGAAGUCUGAAUAGAUGCACUCUUGGAGUUUCUAUAGAAGAAUUUGUAGAAGUCAUUUUAUCUGUUUCGUAGUUUUGGUGUUAAUGGAAUGAAAUAUUGGUUAACUUCAUCAAACAAAAAUUGACAAAAGUAAUGGAAUACCCUGGUUUUCAAAGUUUUCCUAUAAAUGGGAAAUUUAAUGAAUAUUAUUUAAUGUAUAUUAUGUAUUUGCUAUUAUUUGUUUAUUGCAACGAGUAUGUAAAAUGCAUGGAAGGGUAUAUCCUUGAAAUAAUAUUUAUUGUUAUUGUGAUUUUUGUAUUGUUCCAGAAAUGUUUGGUUUUCGGUAAUAAUUGUGCGACAAUUUGAGAAUCCAUUGCUUUAAGGAUAGAGUUUGGAAAAUUAUCAAUGUGAAGUUAACUGACUUAUCUUUCACUGGGAAGAUACAUAAAAUCGAUUAUUCAUUAUUUGAUGUCACUAUUGUUAUAAUACACUAUUAUCUUGUUACGAUAUUAAAUAGUUUUAUUUGACAUCAAUUAUGUUGCACAUUAUAAUUGCCUUCGGCAAUCUGGAAGUAUUCGUUAUUAGUGACCACAAUGACAGUCAACGUGUUAGAGUACAAUUGCAUUCUAUUAACUUUGUAAUUUUCAUGUUACAAUUUAUUUAUUACUGCCAUUAAUUCUGGUAUUCGAAUUCUGCUUUCCAACUUGCUUCGCAUUUGUCUAUGAUAUUGCGAGAACGCAUACAUUUCCGCAGUUCGAAAUAACUGUACAUGUUAAUCAAAACUUGUUAGACGAGUACGUGGAUCUGUUGGUGGUGUUUGCCAAUAGUAUUUUCGCUCAAGGAACUAGAACUAUUUGUACUACGAAAAUUCGGCUUAAUCGUGACCCUGCACUGAUUCUUGGUGAUGAAAGCUGAUCAACAAAUUUCACGUUUGAGAAAAAAACCCCAUAAAUAAUUCAGUCUUCAAAAAAAUGUACGAAUCAAUUAUCUAACUGUAUGUAAUUCAUUAUAUAACGAAUUAUAAUGGAUAUUUUCAUAUAAUAGAAUAUUUCUUUCCAUUUUUUGAUGAUCUUGGAAAUUAGAACAUGUAACUAACGAAGCUGCAACAAUUGUGUACUAAUUUAAUAAUAGCAUGGUUUAGCUGCGAACACCAAGAAUCACCAGAUGUCAACAUUUGACGGAAAAUGUAGUUUGUCUCUUUUAUAACUGAACUUUCGAUUAGAAUGAUGGAACAUUAAAAUGGAGGAUGAGGAACGGCCAGAAGUCUGUCUUUCCGUUUCGAACGGAGUUGAAUUCCAAUGUUAUAACGACAUUUUUUUUUUCCUUUUUUUUUACAUUUUGUUCUUUAUCGUCACUGCCUUGUUAGACUUAUAAUUAUUUAAUUAUAUUCAACUUUGUUUCACUGUUAAGAACGAAGUCGCGUUGUAGAAAAAUGAAUGGUACCAAUUACCGUGUUGUGUUCCUUAUUUUAAUUAGUAUGUCGCGGAAAGACGAUUCAAGAUUGCAUGUGUGAAAUCGAUUUGCCUCUCUUCGGACUGAGAUGUGCAAAAUGUAAUCUGACUAUAUAUUACUCGUAAUUGUUCAAAUGUGAUUGGAUAACAUAUUGUCUUCGAUAAUCUUGUGUUGUUGCUAAUCUUCAAAUUAAUUAACUCCUUGACUUAGGAUUUACUUGUCGACUAUGAUCAAUUCAGUUAGUUACAAUAUCAUUAAUAAUUAGUUCAUUAAAAAAACCGAAAAAUAUUAGAUUUAUUUUAUGCCUAUGUUUACUCAAAAUUAUAAUUAUUGAUAACAGAAGAAUAAUAUUUCAUUUGAAUUCAACAGGAUUGCGUCAUAUUUACGCUUCUUAAAUUUUGGUUAAAAUCUUCAUGAGUCUGACACGUUGUUAUAAGGCGAGGGGUUGAAACAAGUUUUGAAUACUAUUCGCAGAUAAUAACCUCCUGUUGAUUAAAACUUGCAUUUUAAUGAUUACGUUUAACUCUUUGCACUGUGUAGCAUUUUCUACAUUUAAUGGAGAUACUCGAUUAUUAAUGACUUUGUGUUACAUUAAAUUUGAAUAUGAACUCAUUUUUCAGUUUGUAAUAUUUUAUUGUGUGAUAUCUGUAAGGAAAAUUUGAUCUAAAUACUGAAUGCCAGCGGAAUUAGUACAAGUGAAAAGGAUUAAUAUGUAAUCAGUAGACUUGCUGUCUUUAUGCAUUUAUCAUAAUUAUCAGUCCAUAGAUUAUGGAAUGAAGAAGUAUAUACAAGGACAUAACAACUAUGUUACUUUAUUUUCAACUAAUGAAGAUUUGAUAAGGAGGGAAUUAUUUUCUACUUAAGCCCUGUUUGUUUAAAUUACCUCAACGAAUCAGUGGCUCAUGAUAAUGGUGACCAAUUUCUAUUUCUGUUUUCUCAUGCAAAAAAGCUUUCGCAAAGUAUUCCAAAGUUAACUAAAUAUUAAAUAUUACAAUGACUAAUAUUAAUAUUUAAUAAUGACUGAUAUCAAUAUUUAAUAAUGACUGAUAUCAUUAAUGACAUGGUAAUAUAUUAGUAUCUAGUUAAUCCAAGACUACUUAACAAACAUUCUUUUUAUUACAUCUCAGAAAUAGUAAGUACACCACUGUUAUUUGUAGCUAUUCCUAUCUCGAUUUCGUUGAUUAUAAUAAUUGGAUUACAUUUUGCCCAACUCUGUCUUCAAGUGUGACGUUGUAAAUUCGGUGGACGUGUUUUUUAGGCUAACGACGGACGGAGGCGAUAGUGGUAGAUUACGAGAGCGACGUAAAUUGAAGGUAGCUCGUCACCACUCAGGGAAAUUCGAUUUACUAUACUUGAUAUCCGGUCGAGUUCUCUUCUUCGAUACUGCUAUUUUGUAAUAUACAGAUUUGCCAACGGUAGCAGUGCUCAGGGUCUCAGUGUAAUGAUCAGACUGGUUCAACC